UUUAGGAAUGUAUAAAAGACUGAAAAUCUUGCCUUCUUAUUCAGUUUUAACUCAAGAUUCCAAAUGUUUGAUUGGUCAGGCAAGAGUGUUGUAUACGUUGGUGCCUUCAGCGGCAUUGGCUUUCAAGUCUGUCAGAUGCUAAUGAAGAAGCCUCUUAAGCAUUUGGUCGUUUGCAGUCGAAUGGAAAAUGUGGAGAUGCUAAAGAAACUGAAGGUAUUAAAUACCGGCAUUCAUGUGUCCUUCGCUCAAAUGAAUAUUGUGGAUCACGCCAGUAUUGAACGCGCCGUGAAGAAUAUUGUAUCGAUAGCAGGUCAUGUUGAUGUUCUAAUCAAUGGCGUUGGGGCUUUGGCAGACAAGGACGUUGAAACGACAAUUGCAGUCAAUUUGACUGGCUUGAUCAACACUACGCUUAUGUUGAUGCCUUGGAUGGACAAAACCCAAUAUGGCAAAGGCGGAAUGGUGGUGAACAUUGCUUCGGUAUAUGGUUUAGAACCUGGCCCUGCUUUUAGUGUUUAUUCAGCUGCAAAACACGGUGUUGUCGGUUUUACCAGGUCAAUGGCGGACGGACAUUUAUUCAGCAAGACUGGAGUCGCCUUUAUGUGCAUUUGUCCGGGAUUGACAUCAACGGAAUUAAUGAUGAAUAAGCGUGACAUGGACUGGAUGAAAUGGAUUUCGCAUACUGAUGAGAUCUGGAAUACAGUUAUAGAUGCCAAAAUGCAAACACCAGAAGUUUGUGCUGUGAAUAUUGUUACCAUAAUGGAGCAAUGGAAAAAUGGUGGCAUGUAUAUUUGCAGCAUGGGUGGUGUAAAGGAAAUUGUACCGCCCGUUCACUGGCAAAUGUAACUCAAAUAGUUUCCAUCAAGUGCAGUCUGUUGUAUAAAUAUAUAUUUACAUGAGCAAUGUGUGUCUAAAAGUUGCAAAAUUA